AUGGAGAGAAAGUAUAUCGAUUAUUUCUCCUCAUUAAUCAAGAAGAAAGUUAUUCCGGUUGGCCCACUCGUUCAACACCCUAUUAGCAAAUAUCAACGUUUGGAGGCCAUUGAAUGGCUUGCAAAGAAGAAUCACUCUUCGACCUUGUUUGUAUCUUUUGGAAGUGAGUUUCCAGUGGGAGACGAAACUAAGGUUGAAGAGGCACUACCUGAGGGGUUUCUUGAUAGAGUGAGAGAUAGAGGUAUGAUUAUCAAUGGAUGGGCCCCACAGGCAAAAAUUCUAACGCAUUCAAGUCUUGGUGGGUUUGUGAGUCAGAGUGAAUGGAAUUCAGUAAUGGAAAUCAUUGAGUUUGGUGUCCCGAUCAUAGCCAUUCCCAUGCACUGUGACCAACAACCUUUAAAUGCUAGGUUGGUGGUUGACAUUGGUUUAGGAAUGGAGGUUAGGAGGGAUUACUGCGAGAAGCUUCAUGGAGAAGAGGUAGCCAAGGUGAUAAAAGAUGUGAUAUUAGACAACAAAGGGGAAGAUAUGAGGAGAAAAGCAAGAGAACUAAGAGAAAACAUAAGAUUGAAAGGAGAAGAAGAAAUAAAUGUGGCGGUGGGGGAGAUAUCACAACUUUGUCAUAAAAGUAAGGCGCAGUAG